CGACGCCUUUCGGGACAGCGAAUACUUCCGGAUAUGUUACGGAUGGGAAGCUGUCGCCGGACCAUAUCGUGAUAUAACGGGAUAUAGCAGCGAGCGGAGAUACGGCUAGAAGAGAAGAGCCCAGUGCACUAGGGCCGGACUUGUGCCUCUUCACUGAAUUAUGCGGUUAGCGGGUCCAGUGCGUAUAAUCGUGGUACUGCUCACCCUGGGCCUGACAUGGAUAUUAGCGGGAAUCCUCCUGGGAACACAGAAUGGCUUCCCCCGUUUACAGCAGAUUAUGGGUGGUUCCGAUGUGAUCAGUACGGCUGACCCACGGCCUAGGAAAUAUAAAUGUGGCUUGCCGCAGCCUUGUCCUGAAAAGCACUUUGCCUUCCGGGUAGUGAGCGGAGCAGCGAACGUCAUUGGCCCGAAAAUCUGCUUUGAAGAUAAAAUGGUGAUGAGCAGCGUCCAGAACAACGUCGGCCGGGGACUGAAUAUUGCGCUGGUUAACGGAGUGAAUGGAGAACUCCUAGAGGCCAAGACUUUUGACAUGUGGGAUGGAGAUGUAUCCGAGCUUUUGAAUUUUCUGCGUCCCAUCCAUGAAGGCACCUUGGUGAUGUUGGCUUCUUACGAUGAUCCAGCCACAAAAAUGAGUGAGGAUGCUAGGAAGAUGUUCAAUGAGCUGGGAAGCUCUUCAGCAAAGGAGGUAGCCUUCAGAGAUAGCUGGGUUUUCGUGGGAGCAAAAGGGGUUCAGGAUAAGUCUCCAUUUGAGCAGCUGAUAAAGAACAGUAAAGGCAGCAACAAGUAUGAAGGCUGGCCUGAGGCCGUGGAGUUGGAGGGUUGUGUGCCCCAGCGUACGCUAGAAGUGGAGUGAAAGAGUGGCGAAGACAUCAACCCAAGCAGGACCUUGAGUGCAUUUGUGAUGGAUCGUGCAACUGACCCGAUUUCUCCCUUUUUGUGAUUUUAUUAUUUUUAUUAUUUGUAUUUUUUUCUGAGCUGUUGGCCAUUCUUUGCCGACAGAAACUGCACCUUAUCCAGAUCUUACUGCUAGUCCUGUGUCCUCCUCCUUCCAGUGCCUCCGGAUGACCGUACAUGUGAGACGUGCAGUCUGCCUGAUACGCGGCAUGAAGAAACCAAACCUACCAAGCUGCAAUCUGCAAAACACUAUUGUACAUUUCCGUGCAUGUCCCGUCCCCGUUGCAUGAGCAGCAGCAGAUGAAUUUUAGGGCUAAACCUCUGAAAGCACGACCGCGUGUUUCCGACGUCCUGCAACUGGAUGUGCACGGACAGAUUCCUCAGGAGACUCUGAAGCCAUUUGAGGCCGGGGAGGGGAGCUAAGGGCUAGAACGGUCCUAAAUUUCAAGACAUUCAGAUUGGUUGAAGAUGACGUCAAGGGAAACAGGAUCCGAUCCACACGUUCCCAUUUUCUUUCAAUCAAGAGAGUGUAUUUGGGUUUUCUGUUUUGAAAUAGUUGUUUUAAAGGGGUUUUACUAAGACUGACACUUAUCACCUAUCCACAGGACAGGUGGUGUCUGAGCUCUGGGCUAUCGCAAGAAAGGGGGGUCCCGUGUCCCCUGUUUCAAUGGAAUGAUGAUUGAGGAUGUGCAAUGCCACUCAGAUCUGCAUCUCCGGCAGUCCCACCUGAGUGGAGUGUCAGCGCACAUGCUGAAAUGGGAGACUCAAAACUCUCCUUCUCUUGAUUGGAGGCCCCAGCGGUCGGACCCCCUUUGCUCAUCCACUUUUCCUGUGGAUAGGUGACAUAUCACUAGAUCUGAUGGCCCACCACUACUUCCUCCUCAAUGGCGACAAGGUAUUUUUAAGAGGUCUAUCAAAGGGUGGAUAUAAUCUACUCUGAUGUUCCAAGUUAAUUUAUUUUAAUAUUAAACAGUCGGGGAGGUGGGAGGGCGGUAUUAAAUCGUGGUGAUUUUACACCACACACCAAAAAUAUAGCCAUGAUCCAGAAUGGAGGUUGAGGAUCAGUAGCCUUCAUCUACCAUUAUUCAGGGGGAGUGAUGUAUGGCUGCCCUGGUGUAAGACCUACCUCUUACAUUAGGAAUGGGUGCGUGCACAGUGAUUGCGAGUGCGUAUGUAAUGGAGUAAGGACAGAUGAGGGCACGCCCAAGUGCUUUCUUCACGAUGACGUUUUUUUUAAACAGAGGAUUUACCAUAAUGUCAUGUGUACUUUCCAUUAAAUUGAAUUUGUUUCUUA